AGCACUGUGACCGUGACAAAACUUUCGUUCGUUCGUUGAUGUGUGCAAUGGAAAUGUGUUUUAUCGAAACUUGAUUCUAGUAAUUAUAAAAGCAAAAUUUAUGCAAAUAAGUGUGUAAUUUCAAUCAGUUUAUAUUCAUACAAAAUGUAUAUAAAAUCGUGAUACAAAGAACAACCCUAAAAAGAAUUUUGUUGAAAAUGUUAUUGUGCUCCAAGUUUCAUAAUGGCGGCCCGUCGCGUCCCCCGCGCCUCCAUUUCGAUGACAGUCGAAUUAUGACAAUGCCGAUACGUAAAGUUUAACAAAUGUUGUGUAUUUGUAAAUAAUUACGUGAAAGUUAGUUGUUUACGAUUUAAUAAGGACUGAAUAUGAAUCCAGAACAUCAUAAUAUAAAUACGGGUGGUGGCCAGCCUCCGGGAAGUACAGAGUCUCAGAAUCAAAGAGUUCAAUCCGCACAGCAACAGCAGCAAAAUAAUUUGACGCCCACCACGUCUGCUACUGACCUGCGAGUGAACUCCGCUGCCGUCAACGUUGCUUUGUCUAGCGUCGCAAAAUAUUGGGUGUUUACAAAUUUAUUUCCCGGCCCAAUACCACAAGUUUCCGUUUACGGACUACCUACAGGCACCAGGAUUGAAAAUGGAAAACCAGUCCAGGAUCUGGGACAAGCUCAUGCAAGUAUACUCAAUGGUGAUCCAAACAUAUUAUUAGGACAUCAUGGAGCACAGCCACAAGUUACUGUUUCUGCAUCAGGAGCUCAACAGAUACCUGUGUCGCAAAUUAUAGCUACGCAGUCUGGACAAUCACAUGAAACAUUGGUGGGUCACAGCCAAGCGCAAGAGAUGGCGGCGGCGGGCGGCGCGGCGGGCGCGGCGGUGAGCGCGCCGCACGCGCCGCACUCGGCGCACGCCGCGCACGCGCCGCACGCCACCCACCCGACCCACGCCGCGCACGCGCACCACCAGGUACCCAAUAACCGGGUCGAGUUUGUACAACACCAUAACAUUGAUAUGGGGCAUCAUUCACAACAACAUAAUAUGAUGCAACAACAACUAAUGGCCACAUCGCGACAAGACCAUCCAAAUCAACAAAUUCAAUUAACGGUCAGCGAAGACGGCAUAGUAACGGUAGUGGAGCCCGGCGGUGGUAAAAUGGUGGACAAAGAGGAAUUACAUGAAGCAAUAAAGAUACCGAGUGACCAUGCACUUACCGUACAUCAGUUGCAACAAAUAGUUGGCCAGCAGGUAAUCGACAGCGUGGUCCGCAUCGAGCAGGCGACGGGCGAGCCCGCCAACAUCCUCGUGACGCACAACGCGGACGGCACCACCUCCAUCGAGGCCAGCGCGGCCGAACACGCGCCCCUCGUCAAGGACGAAAACAAACAGCCCAAGAUCGACGCGCAGUUCGCCAUACCCGCAGAGAUCAAAGAUAUCAAGGGCAUCGAUUUGAAGACUGUAGGCGCCAUGGGCAUGGAAGGCGCAGUGGUCAAGAUAUCAGCUGGAGCCUCGGAGCACGACAUGCACGCGAUGUAUAAAGUUAACGUCGAAGAUCUGUCACAACUAUUAGCAUAUCAUGAAGUGUUUGGAAAAUUAAACUCUGAAGGACAACCGCAGCAACAGGCGAAGGUAAUAAGCGAAGUGGAAGUAGAGCCAGGAACGAGCGCCGCCAUGUCAGAACCAGAAUCCUCACCGGGACACCAUUCGUGUGACAUUUGCGGGAAAAUAUUCCAGUUUCGAUAUCAACUGAUUGUACACAGACGGUACCACGGCGAAAGCAAGCCAUUCACGUGUCAAGUGUGUGGCUCCGCGUUCGCGAACCCCGUUGAGUUGUCCAGACACGGAAAAUGCCAUCUUGCCGGUGAUCCAUCAGAAAGACACGCCAAAAGGUUGACACAGGACAAACCAUAUGCAUGCACUGCUUGCCACAAAACAUUCUCAAGGAAAGAACAUCUCGACAAUCAUGUAAGAAGUCACACUGGAGAAACGCCAUACAGAUGUGAGUUCUGUGCGAAAACGUUUACUCGGAAAGAGCAUAUGGUGAACCACGUGCGGAAACACACGGGAGAGACCCCGCACCGCUGCGACAUCUGUAAGAAGAGUUUCACAAGAAAAGAGCACUUUAUGAACCAUGUGAUGUGGCAUACAGGUGAAACGCCGCACCAUUGUCAAAUAUGCGGAAAGAAGUAUACUAGGAAGGAGCAUUUAGUGAACCACAUGAGAUCACACACGAACGAUACACCGUUUCGAUGUGAUCUAUGCGGCAAGUCGUUUACAAGGAAGGAACACUUCAACAAUCACAUAUUGUGGCAUACGGGCGAAACACCUCAUCGUUGCGACUUUUGUUCGAAAACAUUCACACGCAAAGAGCAUCUACUAAAUCACGUGAGACAACACACGGGAGAGUCUCCGCACAGGUGUAAUUUCUGUUCCAAGUCGUUCACGAGGCGAGAGCAUCUCGUGAACCACGUGCGGCAGCACACGGGAGAGACACCCUUCCAGUGCGGAUAUUGCCCGAAAGCUUUCACCAGGAAGGAUCAUCUUGUGAACCACGUGAGACAGCACACAGGCGAGUCGCCACACAAGUGUUCGUUCUGCACGAAGUCGUUCACGCGCAAGGAGCACCUCACGAACCACGUGCGGCAACACACCGGCGAGUCGCCGCACCGCUGCACCUACUGCUCCAAGUCCUUCACACGGAAGGAACAUCUCACCAACCAUAUCAGACAGCACACGGGCGAAACACCACACAAGUGCACGUUCUGCCCGCGGGCCUUCGCGCGCAAGGAACAUCUCAACAACCACAUCCGACAGCACACCGGCGUCACGCCGCACGCCUGCUCCUACUGCAGCAAGACCUUCACCAGAAAGGAACAUCUCGUCAACCACGUCAGACAACAUACGGGCGAGACGCCGUUUAAAUGCACGUACUGCUCAAAGUCAUUCUCACGCAAAGAACACCUAACUAAUCACAUACACCUCCACACAGGAGAGACACCACACAAGUGUCCCUUCUGUACUAAGACAUUCUCAAGGAAGGAGCAUCUUACCAACCAUGUUAGAAUCCACACGGGUGAGUCGCCGCACCGCUGCGAGUUCUGUCAGAAGACAUUCACGCGGAAGGAGCACCUCACGAACCACAUGAAGCAGCACACGGGAGACACGGCGCACGCGUGCAAGAUAUGCUCCAAGCCGUUCACGAGGAAGGAACAUCUUGUUACGCACAUGAGAUCGCACAGUUGUGGAGAGAGGCCCUAUAGUUGUGGAGAAUGCGGCAAGUCGUUCCCGUUGAAAGGCAAUCUAUUAUUCCACGAACGAUCGCACAAUAAGGGCACGAGGCCAUACCGGUGCGACAUCUGUUCCAAGAACUUCUUAUGUAAAGGGCAUUUGGUAUCUCACCGUCGCACGCACGCGGAGGCGGGCGAGAACCCGCCCAGCGGAGACACACCCGCCGAAACCGAAGACUGCACUGACUGCAACAAGUGUGUCAAGAUCGAAGUCGAAGCGCCCGAGAGGAAGCACGAAAUCAGAGCUGCAGUUGAAAAUCGGCCAGCUGAAAACAAUGUAACCCAACCUCAACAAAACAACACAGCUGUUAUGCAAAUAAAUAAUCAAGUUAAUCAGCAGGUCCGAUCAGUGACCGCGACGAGUUCGCAAGGCGUGACCCCCGGCACGUUCACGCACACUGCUAGCACACAGCACCACGCGGGGACGGCCAUAGCACACCACCCCGUCACUGUCAACUACUAGCAUCCGCCCGAACCUGCCAUCGUUGCCUAAUAAAACUUGGCCAUAUUACUACAGACACGAUAACGAUACCGAGUCGAAUGCACAUGAACUAGGGGACACAGAUUUGGAAUGUGACAUGGCAAGAUUUUUUAUUUCAUAUUGGUCACCCAGUUGACCAAUAAGUUGGCCUAUUUCUAGAUUGUGCAUAUAAAUUAACAAUGCAGCACUAUAUAUGACUCGCAUCGCUAAUGUUUCUGUGACGAGGUAACUUGGCAGAGUAUUAUAUUGAAAGUGUGUAUAUAUGGCAUUUGUACUAUAUUCAAGAAUGACUAGCCAAAGUACUGCAAAUAAAAUCCGUAAAUGGAACCUUCAUAUAUUAUGGACAUCACACUCCCGUUUAAACCUGUUUUGUGUUGAAUAUUCUAAGUAUAUUUUGAAAUCAAAGACUAAGAUUUUGAUUUAGAUGUUUAUUUUUUAUUUAGAUCUAGUUAAAUAUUUAGGUUUAAUUGAAAUAAAGUAUAUUAUCAUGCCUAUCGUUAGAUCAAAGAAUACAAGUAGGUGUAGAUAAAGUAUAAAUUGAAUAUUUAGUAUUGUAGAAGUUGGGUUUUUGUAUUAGAGCACGGGCGCCGAGCGGUCAACGCGCGGUAAGCGGUUGUUGCUUGCAUUUUUUAAGUGUUGACGAGCGUUGUCAUUAAAAUACAUACGUGUUGAUUGCCUGACGUCUGAACGACGCUUAAUCAUUUUGGAGUGUGAACCAGUAUUGUGAUAUAACAGGUUCCAUGUACUGCUACAGACAAACUUGAUUACAGUCUAUAUAGUGUACAUCAUAUCCUUAAUCCUUUUAAAAGGGCACCAGAAACAAAACUCUGAUAUUCAAGGCUGUUUUUAGACAUAGAUUAAACAAUCACACAGGCACGGUGAUUACGUAAUUCGCAUUUGUGAUAUUGAAUUCAGACCUUGUCUGUGUGGCACGGAACUAAAUGCAAUAAUCUUCAUAGCUUUCUAGUGGCGGUCAUUUUAUAUUGUAACAUAAUAAAAUAGUGUAAAUAUAAAAAAAAUAUUGUAUAAAAACAACAUUAUUGCUUUUAUGCCUUUUCUAUACAUUUAAGCAAAGGGGGUAAAUUAAGUUUUUUAGUUUGUAGCUUAUUUUUUUUUUAUAUAUAAAAUGGUUGAAAUUCUUUUAGUGCACAUUAUAUUAUACAUUACUGAAAUACUAUGAAAUGCACAUCAAAGUUAACUUAGUUUUAAACGGUUACCAGAUGGUUACUGAUUGACAAAAUAUUAUAAUUAAAUCACUGUACUUUAAGAAGUUGCUAAAACUUUGAUUUAUUAUAAGCAAAUUCUGUUAAAUUGUUACUAAAAUUGCACUGUAGUUACAUUCCUUUUUGACUUUAGUUAUUUGACAAAAAAAUUAUUUGCGUGCGCACUCUUUGUACACAUUAAUUGCGUAUGACAUGAUUAAUGUACAUGUUAAUGUUAAAGAGUUCCUUGUAAUAUAUUUUACGAAAGGAAAUACAUAUUUAUGUUGUCAUAGCUAUUUUUAUAAGAGUAUAUAUUUUAUUUACUUACGAAGCAGGGACCAUAUCAAUGUGUGGAUAAAAGUUAUAAAAACCCUUCUGGCUCCUGUUUAAUGUUGAAAAGUUAAAUUCGUGUUUCAAAUUAUUUGUUGAAUUUUGUGAAUUUUCAUGAGAAAUAUGCAUUGAUAUCUCACUCCUGAGCAUGGUCCAGCUUAGAUAAAAUUAUUCUUUGCCAUGUAUGUACAGUACAAGUGUGAUAAAUCGUUUUUUAAUUAUGUAUAGUCUGAUGAUUUUAGAACUUUGCUUAGUGUGAACCCAUCAGGCUCACAAAGUGAUGUUAUAAUCACUUUCGUGUCGGCUUGUAAGACGACAUAGCUUUGUAUUUUGUUGUAAAUAUAUAUAGUUAUAUCGUAUUUUUAGCGUAAAAAUUGUAUUAAAGUAUAUCAUAGGUGUACCUGCUGGGUAGACAAUGUUAAUGAUGAGGUGGGAUUAAACGAUUCAGAAUCGCCAGUAGUAAGAUUUAUAUUUUAAGGUGCGAUGAAUCAUUGAGAUAAUUUAUUAUCACAGCCAUUUGGUAACUUAUCUACAAUGGUGCCACGCUAACAUAUUUUAUAGUGUAUCUAAAUUUUUAGAUAAAUAGGUACUACUAAAAAGUAAAUUAUGUUCAGUAAUUUGAUAUGAAUGAGAUUAAAAAGUGAAAGAAAU